AUGAGGAGGAACACCGUAUUGCUGGCCUUCGCCGCCGGCGCUGCUCUGGUCGCCGCUCAGAACACGGACCAAACAACUGCUGCUGCCACGACCAAGGCCACGUCGGCUGCUGCUACAACUGCCGCUCCCACAACAGACAAGUUGACUGGAGUGUCGUCGUUUGUCAAGUCUAGCAGCACAUCGAGCGAUGACGCCGACUCUUCCACAACAUCCUCCUCCAAGCCUUCUUCCUCGGCCGCCUCAAAGACGUCCAGUGCCGCAUCAAACACGGGCAUCACCGACCUGCCCACCCUCGCCGGUGCCACAGUCCCAGACAUGGUCAUCCCUUUCACUGCCGACGCUCCCUUCAUGCAAAAGUCGACGGUGCCGGAGGGAACCAUCUUCAUUGCUGUAGGCGCAUGCCUGGCUUUCUUGGGUGCUUGUAUUCUGGCAUGGCGUGCCAUGGUCGCCUACACCAUCAACCGCUCCGUCAAGCGUGCCGCCAUGGCCAGCGUCAUGGCUUCUGAUGCAAAGACAAAAUACGGCCCUGGUGGCAACCUUUACGCCAUGCCUCAAGGCUCUUCCCUUUCCCUUGACGCCCUGACAUCUGCCGGCAAACCUCUGUCCUCGGGAGGUGCUAAGAAGGAGAACCGCAAGAGCGCACAACCCAAGGCCGAUCCUUCGAGUCUCUUCUUCUCACCCACCGCCGGCCAACGCAACUCGGCAUACAUGCCCGUCAGUCAGAACCGCAGCUCUACCUACUUGCCCGCUGGCUACUACGCCACGCCAGGCGCACAAGCAGCCGGUGGCCGUGACUCUAUGGUCAUGGGCGGCGCACCAAGUCUACAACCCACACACAACAGACACUCCCGUGCCGAAUACUCUCCCCCAUCUAGUCGAGACGGCUCCCGUCCUCGUAGCGGCCUCAACCCUCACCAACAUUCACGAACUGGUUCAAACGCCCUUCUCAGCCCCACGCACCAGCUGUACGCUCAACCCAGCACAAGCAGCUUGGCUGUCGGUAUUGGUGCUCAACCUGACGAUGGCAGCACCGUCAGCAGCCAGUUGCCUGGUCAGCGUGCACCAAGUGCAUACUUUGACGAUGUUCUCCAGGAACAUGGCAGCGGUCCUCGUGAACGCUACUAA